UAACUUUCGAUAUUACAGUUUUGGUAUAGGAAUUCUUCGAUCACGUUUCACUGAUAAAGUAUGCCGACGACACAAUACGAAAAGUGAAAGUGACCCUAAAAUCUUUGGGCCACUGUCACCGAGCAGUCUCGAACCUUUCAUCCUUCGUUUUAUAGUAUACUGUUAAUACGAUCUAUGAUCCGAUCCUAAAUGACUCAGACAAUCCGUGGAAGGUUCAUCUUAAAAAUGUCUCUAAUUCAGCUGAUCAAAUCCUCAUUAAUCAAGCUUGAUGGACCUUUCGUCCAUUCAUGCGAACAGACAGACUUAAAUAGUCGAAUCAGCGAACUGGAUCUGAACACAAAAGCGUUUAAUGGACGUCGGGAGUGUAAUCGAGCACGUAACCCACCCCAUACAAAGUUACGCGUGCCCCCGUAAGACUAAUUUAGAAACGAGGAAGGCACAAUGGACAUCCGGUAGACAGACACGUUUCCAUUACAUAAAACGUGUUACAAAUCGCACUUCCUAAUUCCAUUCGUCCAACUAGCCACUGAAUGUUCGUGUAAAAACGCAUUGGAAUUUAAAAACCACUUCUACCCUUUCUAGUUUGCUUUUAAUUAUCAUUGAUCCUGGGAACAUGCAGACUUUCGAAAACCUUUUCAGAAUUUCAUAUGCACUCGUAAUUCGUAUGCAAACUGUGCGAUCGAGUCGUAGACGCAACGUCUACGUGUCUGGGUUACAAAAAUAUGAUCCAUAUUCCUUCAUUCGACAAACUGACGUCUGUCUUUUCUUUAUCUCAGGUGACGCUCGCUUUGGCACUGAUGAUGAUUUCCAUCAUCGAUGUUAGCAAAGCGGAGCUACCGAGGCCGAGUUAUGCGAGGACGAUGCUGAAAGUGUCGCGGAGUUUACCGGGCGAAACGGAGGAAUUGAAGGUACGGACCAGCGAAGGGACUUUGGCCACAUUGAUCGUAAAACGUCGAGACAGAACUUUCCCCGAACGGCAAGAACCUUUAGAAGGCUCGGAGUUAAACGGUACUUCGACGAGAACGAAAGAAGAAGUAAAAAAAUUGGAAGAAGCACAGAUAGAACAGCUCAGAGCCAGACUGUCUGACUCUGAUAACCAGAAAGGACCUAAGAACGUUUCUAUCAAUGAAAAGGCGAAUGACACUGAUAGGAAUCGAGUGAACGAAGGAAGCGUCGAUUAUGGAAAUUGGACGCCAUUGCGCACAGAUGGAAGAGUCGUUCAAUUGGAAGAGCCGACGACGGAGGAGUAUAAAAACUGGAAACCGCUGCCAAGCGAUCAAAGGUCGAGCAGAUACGAUUCAAUUUUCCCUGCCGGUGGACUGCUUCUGUCUCGUAAUUUCCAAGACAGAUCUCAGAGGCAGUCGCAGGCCGGCGAUCAGGACAACGAGAAGCGUUACAUGUUUCUGCCUCAUCAGAUUCGUUCUUCAAGGACGAAUAUCGGUGCUAAUUUAUUUAAGAACCGAGAUGCUAAGAACGUACCACCGGAAGUGGUGGUCAGGUCGGAGAUCAACGUGAAAUCAAACCCGAAGAGAUCGCCUAUGACGUUGGACAGGGAUGGCACGCCUGUGAUUCAUGGGAAAAGAGUACCGGACGAGCCGAUCGACAAAAUUCAGACUUGGCGCAACGCCAGAGUGAUUAACAAUAAAUUGAUAUACGACGCUCAAUCUGCUGAUAAUUUAGAAAGCCAAUCGACAGAAAACGUGUUGGAGAAACAGAGGUUCGAUAGAUUCUUCAAGAACGUUAAUAGGAGAUACGGGAAGGACUACGAGGAGGAGAGUAAGAACGUGUUCUUCGAAUGGGACCCGAACAACUACAAGAACGAAGCCCUGAAAGCAGAAGUGUACGAACCUCGGACUGACAAUUAUCGGAGCAGCUCGCAUAAAAGGAUGCUGCAUCCCGAAAGCGUGUCUGUCUACCCGGUCUCACAGCUUUAUACACCGGAGAGUCAGAAAAUAGCACCGGUCGCAUUGAAACCAGGCGCCAGGGCGCCGGUCCUUCAAUACGCCCACCCGGAACUGGGCGUUCAGCCAGCGAAGAUCCUUAAAAACGAGAAGAGGCGCCCGGACAAUUUCCCGGAGAACCAAUACUCGUUCACGGAACAGAGACAGAAGAAAAAAUACGUGUUGAACGAUAAGAAUAUCGUCGACACUUACACCACCAAGGAUUAUUACCCUAACCAUCAUUUCUAUGGAUUGAAGAGACCGAGCGACGCUCCGUUUUGGGUGAAAAUCUCUGAGAACUUGAAGAAUCAAUUUUCCAACAGCGUGGAGAAGGUGUCGCAGUUCACCAGGCCGGUGAUCGAUCCUUUGGUCGAAGCCACGCAUAAGAUUUCUCAGAAUUUAGGACUGUCUAAUGGGAAGGAGGCUCAGGACAAGAUGGGCACCGUUGCUACCGGUGGGAGUAUUCUGAUCCCGGCGUUGGGACUUAUGGCUUCUGGUGCUGCGCUCGGCAUCGGAGCGGUCGCCGUUGGCAGAUAUUUAGACGUCGACGUUCUUAAAAGAUCGGACGAUGGAUCGGGAACCGAAGUCGAGUACCAAAGAGCUUUGAACUCUGACCCUUUAUUGACCGAGAAUGGUGACUCAUUGACACGAGGUUACGAUGGGACUGUAUAUUUCAUGGAGAAGAAUAAGGACGAUGCGACGAGUCAGGAUGGAUUAGUGAUCGUAGAGGGAAAUCAGAAAACGGGGGAGGUGGAAUUAGACACGAAAUCAGGCUUUGGGGAAACGACGUCGAGAAGGAAACGGAGUAUCGAUUAUUUAGACAUUUUCCAAGCCGAAGGUAAUUUAAAGAAUCUAAUCAGAGACAAACGUUUCCAAAGGAAAGGAGCUGACUCUAUCAGCGAAAUUGUAGAAAUUGAUCUUCGCGAAGGUAACAUCGACGUCACAGAAUUUCUUAUUCCAAGAAAAUCAGACGACUCUUUAAAGAACGACAAGAGCUCCGAUAUUCUAGUCGUCCAAGACGACCGGGAAACUGUGGAAAAUUCUAUGAACGGAAGAGACGAGAAACGGAAGAAGAGGAGCAUUGAAAGCGAUCAGGAGUUGCAAGAUACUCUUCAGAAUCUGGAGAACGCCGAGGUGGCCGAAGUGGCUCAUAUCGACGGCGAUUGGACCAAUACACCCUGUGCCAAAAGGUUAUUCUGCGACGUGAUGAUUCAAAGGGGUGCAGACGCCGUUGUCCUAAUGGAAAAGAAAAUGGCAGCUCUUCUUGGCCUAAUCCAACCGGGAGCAGCUGUCCAAGUGUCUAGCCAUUUCCAGCAGGUGAUGGACGCGGUA